CAUAUAGAGAUGAGGAAACCUUGAAAUAUGACACAAGAAAAAAAAAACAUACUUAGUGCUGUUCUCAUGUGCAUGAUGCUCUCCAAAGCCUCAGUGUUGUUAUUAGAUCCUUUUUUUUUUUUUUUUAUGGAGAAAGGAAGCCCAGAAGUUUGAGCAAUUUUGCUCCAAAUCAUAAAACCUAAAAGUGGCAGAGUCACUGAACAGGUAAUAAAGAUUACAAAAACCAGUGUAUUCUCAUCACACUACACUAGAAGCCCAAAGAGAGCAAGUCAGGAAUGGACAAGCUGGUUAUCAGUCUAAACGCUGUGGAAGGAUGGCUGGGGUUGAGAACUGAGAAAAUGCCCUUGGAUUUAAUGACUGGAAGGUCAGCUCUGACCUUGGAGAGAGAUUUCCUGUUGCUUUCACUACCACUUGGAGCGGCCGUGUGGAUCAAAUGGAAUUGCUCUGAACAUUUGUACAAGUGCAUUGCAGCUUGCAAAGCCCUUUCCUGGAAGGUGAUGACCUCCGUUGCCAAGGUGUACUACAGUCAGACCACUCAAACAGAGAGCCGGCCCCUAGUGAGUCCAGCGAUCCGAAGGAGGAGAGUACUGACAAAAGAUGGCCGUAGCAACGUGAGAAUGGAGCAUAUAGCCGACAAACGCUUCCUCUACCUCAAGGACCUAUGGACAACCUUCAUUGACAUGCAGUGGCGCUACAAGCUUCUGCUGUUCUCUGCAACCUUUGCAGGCACCUGGUUCCUCUUUGGUGUGGUGUGGUAUCUGGUAGCUGUGGCCCAUGGGGACCUCCUGGAGCUGGGCCCCCCUGCCAACCAUACUCCCUGUGUGGUCCAGGUGCACACACUCACUGGAGCCUUCCUCUUCUCCCUGGAAUCCCAGACCACCAUUGGCUAUGGCUUCCGCUACAUCAGUGAGGAAUGUCCCCUGGCCAUUGUGCUUCUUAUUGCCCAGCUGGUGCUCACCACCAUCUUGGAAAUCUUCAUCACAGGUACCUUCCUGGCAAAGAUUGCCCGACCCAAGAAGAGGGCUGAGACCAUACGUUUCAGCCAGCAUGCAGUUGUGGCCUCCCACAACGGGAAGCCCUGUCUUAUGAUCCGAGUUGCCAAUAUGCGUAAGAGCCUUCUCAUUGGUUGCCAGGUGACGGGAAAACUGCUUCAAACUCAUCAGACCAAGGAGGGUGAGAACAUUCGACUCAACCAGGUCAAUGUGACUUUCCAAGUAGACACGGCCUCGGACAGUCCCUUUCUCAUUCUACCCCUGACCUUCUACCAUGUGGUAGAUGAGAGCAGUCCCUUAAAAGAUCUUCCCCUCCGCAGUGGUGAGGGUGACUUUGAGCUGGUGCUGAUCUUAAGUGGGACAGUGGAGUCCACAAGUGCCACCUGCCAGGUGCGCACUUCCUACUUGCCAGAGGAGAUCCUUUGGGGCUAUGAGUUCACACCUGCUAUCUCGCUGUCUGCCAGUGGCAAAUACAUAGCUGACUUCAGUCUUUUUGAUCAAGUUGUGAAAGUAGCUCCCCCUAGUGGUCUCCGUGACAGCACCAUGCGGUACGGAGACCCAGAAAAGCUCAAGUUGGAGGAGUCAUUAAGGGAACAAGCUGAAAAGGAGGGCAGUGCCCUUAGUGUGCGCAUUAGCAAUGUCUGACGGCCUAGCCCCAACCCCCUAGUCAUCUGACUGCUUUUCCUCUCUUUUGAUGCCCUGGGGAAGGGAUACUAUCUGGGUUCACUGGAGUGUCCCAGAAGUACCCAUCCCGUUCCUUCCUUAACUCAGUGACCUGUGAGUUCAGGCCAACUGGAAUCUAAAUUUUCUUCCCAUUGUCCUCUUUCACCUUUUCCUGCUUCUACCCCCAAUGCACACAACUCCUUGAAGCCAGGAUGGGGGAAGGAGAGGGAAAGUUAGGCUGAAGGGGCUUGGAAGGCCUCAGCCAUGCUUGGAGAUUCAUAUCAGUAGGGCCAUGUGAUUGGAUGGGCAGACUCUACCCACCUCCCAUCAUUAUCAGAAAGUUAAACUACUUGAGGCCAAAGCAGCCUAUGUUUCCAGCUUGCAGGUUGAUAGUCACAUCUGAUAGUUACUUUGUGGUUUGUGCCUUCAGAAAUACAGAAUAUGUAAUCAGUUU